CCCCGGUCACCUUCUUUUCACUUUUCUCCUUACGUGGCUUUCCUAGCAUCCUAUUACCCGUCGCCAUCUCGAAGGUAGUCGCCGUCCACGCCAAAGCACUGCAGAGUGCAGACAAUGCCUGCUUUUCCUGCCUCUUGAUUCCUCCGUCUCUCUCUCUCUCUCCUCUCCCCUUUUAAACUGCUGCAUUUUUCGCCUCCUUAUUCUGCUUACAUACUAAUGUCUCCCAUGGCUACUGCCUCGCUGGUUCUUUAUUUCUUGUUAUUCUGUCUUCUUCCAAUUCCCCUUUCCUCUGCAGAAACUUACAUUGUUGGAGGAAGCACAGGAUGGACAACUGGAGUGGCUAACUACUCUGCCUGGGCAGCUUCACAUACUCUACAUGUUGGCAACACCCUUGUCUUCAGGUACGAGCUCCAAAGACACAACGUCUACAUUUUCCACCAUAAAAGCGCUUUUCAGACUUGCAACUUCACGCAUGCGACGAUGCUGGACCGAGGAGACACUGGUUACUUUAAGUGGACUGCUACUCGGCCGGGCAUUUUCUACUUCUCUUGCAACGGCCCCAUAGAGAAAGGCGGCAGCACCACUCAUUGCCAACGAGGACAGAAGAUUGCUGUGCUGGUCUACGGAAAGCCUCAUGAAGGAUUUCACGGUGUAGCGCCGGCACUGUCUCCAUCUUACGCUCCGUCGCCAAAGGAUCAAAGACUGAAGAUACCUAAGCGUGCCGGUUCGCUGGCCAGAUCACCGAGUAAAUCCCCAAGAGCUUCCACUUGGGCUGCGCCGGGGAGCAGCCCCUCGCCGUCUCCGGUGCCAAUGCCCCCGGUCCUGCCGGACUUCAGCAAGGGAAUCCCUUUUAUCAGUAGUAAUCCAGCAUUGCCUUUACCAAAAGGGGAGACGGAUGCUGCCACAAUUCGACCAUUGCCUACAUCCGGCGGAGAAGGGCAGGCGGUGGGCUGGCGGGAAAUUCAAAUCCUACUCUUGGGGCUUCUCCUUUACAGUGUCACGGUCUUACAUGUUUGAAUUUUAGUACUGAACUGGUAUAAACAGUUGUAGUUCUUUUUGAAUGAUGAAGCAGGAAAGCAGAUACAAUGCUGUUUGUU